CCCCGGGCCUCUCACGCGUCGCCGCCACCCCCUCCGCCGCCAUCACCGCUCCCCGUUCUUCCUCGUCGGGACAUCCCCUUCCUGCUCUCUCGGCCCCGCUCCGCCCACAGUUUUUCGCCACUGGUGUCGAGCUAUCAAGCGAGGGAGCGAGUAAUGGACGUUCGCAGGGCAGAGUCUCCUCACCAGCAUCUGAUGGCAGGGCCUGCUGCUCUGGACCCUCGGCGGGCCGAGGCCGCCAGCAAACACGUGAGGGCGCUCAAUACCCAGUUCGCAAGCUGGGUACAACUGCAGUUGCAAAAUCAUCCAGCUGAACUUUGGGAGGAUGGCAUCAAAGAUUACUUAUCACAUGCUUCCGAAAUCAUGGAAAAGUUCAAGGAUGUUGUCAGUUGGCUUAGGCAAAAUAAAGCAGGUGCGAGAGCUGUUUCAUCCCCAAGUCCAGCCAAUGUUGAGAAGACUACUUCGCCAGCGACUGUCAAUAGCAAGUUCAUGGUGCAGCCAGGAUCAGACAAUGGACAGAAGAGUCCAACUACAGGAGCCACCUCCCUGGCUUUUCAGAACUCAAGCUCACCAAAUAUGUUCUCAUUCUCUUCUCAGAAACCAUCAGCUGUUGGUGGCAUAUUUGAUAACAAGGACAACUCUCGCGACAGCAGCAAAUCAACAUUCCAGUUUGGCGGAAAUAACGGCUUUUCGUCACCAACUACGUCCAUUUUUUCUUCUCCAGGCUCUCAGAGUUUUAGCAUGCCAACCCCAACACUAUUUUCAGUGAACACGCAACCAAUUCUCACUGGAAGCAAAAAUGCUGCUGAAGCUUCGGGUGAUGCAGAUGAUGAUGCUGAAGCUGAGCAACCCAGCAGCCCUUCUGUAAAAAAGGCAGAAGAGAAAGGAAUAGUUGUUGUUCAUGAAGCCAAAUGCAAGGUGUAUGUGAAGCACGAAGAUGCUACCAAGGGUUGGAAAGACAUUGGUCUUGGUCAGCUCUCUAUCAGAUGUAAAGAAGGUGCAGAGAAAGCUACGAAAGAGUCCACCCCAACAGUUGUUAUUAGAAAUGAAGUUGGCAAAAUUCUUCUGAAUGCUCUGAUCUACAAGGGGAUAAAAACAACUGUUCAGAAGAACACAGUGGCCUCGAUAUUUCAUACCUCAGAUGCUCAGUCAAGUGAACCAGACGGUGGGAAGGUUGUAGCUCGGCCAUACUUGUUCCGGCUGAAGAACGAAGAGGCAGCUACAAACUUGUCAGCAGUGAUCAAAGAGAAUGUGCCGACAGACUGAUUCUAUAUACAGCCUGCAUUACUGUUGUAGAGGCUUGCUUUUGGCAAUAGCUGUAGUAUGCAGAGGGGCCAGGUAACUUUUCGCGACGGGCCAAAAGAUGCCUGCGGAGUUUUUGCCCCUGAGUUACACACCGGGAUAGAAUUUUAUGUGGUUUGUAAGUCUAGCUAGCCAGGCCAGGCAUGCAUUGUCUUUGUUCCUUGAUUGUACCAACUGUUGUCAAAAGUUGAGGUUAUCUAAAUGCCUGAUGGCUGAAUUGCAUGGUUGAAAACCCGUACCAUUUGAGGCCAUUUUGUCCAAGGA